AACUUCCGGGUUAAUCAGUGUUGUUAUUGUGGUGAGCUUCCUGAAGUUUUUAACAAUGUGAUAUGUUCGCUAUCAGCAGCUACUACUGGAAUUUAAUUUAAUAUUGUUCAAAACAUAUCAACGAAAAUGCCAUGCAUGCCCUUCAUUUAUUAAAACAUUAAUUUAGUUUUUAAAAUAUGGGAAGUAAGAGGAGAAUCGAGUGUAUAUUUUUCAGCGAGUUUCAUCCUACUUUAGGUCCGAAAAUUACAUACCAGGUUCCUGAGGAAUAUAUUUCAAGAGAACUCUUUGACACAGUGCAAGUGUACAUUAUCACCAAGCCUGAACUGCAAAACAAACUAAUUACAGUCACUGCAAUGGAGAAGAAGCUAAUUGGCUGCCCAGUGUGCAUUGAACACAAGAAGUACAGUCGCAAUGCCCUACUCUUCAAUCUUGGGUUUGUGUGUGAUGCUCAGACAAAAACCUGUGCCUUGGAACCUAUUGUGAAAAAACUGUCUGGAUAUUUGACUACACUGGAGUUGGAGAGUGGUUUCAUUUCAAAUGAGGAGAGUAAGCAGAAGCUGGUGCCUAUCAUGUCUACACUGCUGGAAGAGCUCAAUGCCAAAGGAGCCUGCACUCUGCCCAUUGAUGAGUCCAACACUAUCCACCUGAAGCUAAUAGAGCAGCGAAAGGACCCUCAGAUUGUUCAAGAGUAUGAUGUACCUGUCUUCACCCAGUGUAAGGACCAGUUCAUCAAGUCUCAGUGGGACCUGACCACUCAACAGAUCCUGGCCUAUAUUGAUGGAUUCAGGCAUAUUCAAAAGAUUUCUGCUGAAGCCGAUGUGGAGCUAAAUCUCGUUCGGAUUGCUGUGCAGAAUUUACUGUAUUAUGGAGUUGUAACACUGGUCUCAAUAUUUCAGGUAAAAAUUAUGCAGAUAAAAUCUCCCAAUAUUUAUCAGUCUUGCCCUCAAUAUCAAUUUAAUUAUUUGUCAUUUCAGUAUUCCAAUGUGUACUGCACCACCCCUAAAGUCCAAAACCUCAUGGAUGACAAAUCCAUCCAGGAAGAUUGUCUGCUCUAUGUCACCAAGCCUGGACAGAAGCGGGCCAGCCUAAGGGAUGUGUUCCAGCUGUACUGUGGUCUCAGUCCAGGCACGACAGUGCGUGACCUCUGUUCCCGCUACUCCCAGCAGCUUCAGAGGGUUGAUGAGAGGAAACUGAUCCAGUUUGGACUGAUGAAAGGUCUGAUUCGUCGACUGCAGAAAUACCCAGUCAAAGCAAUUCGUGACGAGAGGUCUCGCCCACCCCGCCUGUACACUGGGUGCCAUAGCUAUGAUGAGAUAUGCUGCAAAACUGGAAUGAGCUACAGAGAGCUAGACGAGAGACUGGAGAAUGAUCCCAACAUCAUAGUUUGCUGGAAAUGAAUUUCCCAUUUCUUAAAUUGCUUUCAGUGGCAGUGGCUUUUUACAAAGCCAAUCUUUUUUAUUUUAUUGUUAUUUCAAACUGAAUGUGCACUGAAUGUCAUUUUAGGAUGCUUGUAGCUUUAAUUUGUUACCAUUUCUUUAAACAUGUUCAACUAUCCCAAUUCUGUACCUUUAUGUUAAAGGUCAGUUGGGGCGAAGAAUACCGCAACAUUCAUUUAAAAGUAGUCCUAAUAAAAUGCUAUACAUUAUGGAAUAAAGUUUUCUUUGAAAUUAUUCAUUGUA